CUCGCUGCUAAUCCACUACCUACGAAACACAAGUCCGAGUAAACUUACGUUGGAUGGCCGAGAGGUAGCCAAAUAUCCUCCCACAACGAAGGUUCACCCUCCAGAUGACCGGUCUCAGUAUCCGGGCGCCCGCCAGGGGCUUCGCACUAGCCUCAUCCACUUCAUCAGCCCCAAGCUCCAACGUCGACUCGGACGACGAUGCUCCCCUCCCAUUCCCCGCUGCCCUCCCACGGGCCGACUUCCUUACCCCCGAUUUCCACCCGGCCGCCUACCUCUCCUCCCUCCCUCACCGCCACCAAACCCUGGACGACCUGAAAUCCGACCUCCGAGAGCGCAGCGCGGCCAUCAGCGCCGAGCUCCUAGACCUCGUCAACGGAAACUACACCUCGUUCCUCUCCCUCGGCGACGACCUCCGCGGCGGGGACGACAAAGCCGAGGGUGUCAAGGUGGCCAUGCUCGGCUUCCGGCGGCAGGUCGACGAAGUGAAAGCCCGCGUGCGCGACCGGCGGGAGGAAAUUGAAGGGUUGACGGGCGAGCUGCGGACCCUGCGGCAGGAUAUCGAGGCCGGACGGCGUAUGCUGGAACUCGACGAUCGACUGGCAGGGCUGGAAGAACACUUGGCCAUUGGGAGCCUGCCGGGGAAGGAGAAGAUGGGCAAAGAGAAAGCUGAGGAUGAUGGUUGGAGUGUGGCGGCCAGUGACGUUUCUUCGGAUGAAGAAGAGGACGAUGAUUACGAGGGUCUGGUUGGUAGCAGUCCUGCGCAACUGGCAGCGCUGGCCGCGGAGUACUGCGUGAUUGAGGCGUUGGCGGACGCCGUAGGCAGGGAUAAACCUUUUGUGAUAAAGGCAGAGGCUCGCAUGACGAGAUGUCGGAAUACGCUGCUACUGGAUCUCGGGACGGCCCUUAAGGAGGCUCGGAAGGCGGGGGAGAGGGGAAAGGCUCGCGUCAUGAAGUACCUCGGCCUCUAUGGCAUGCUGGACGCAGAGGGCGAGGCAAUUAAGGUGCUCAAGGGGGUGUGAAAAGCCAAACGCAGUUAUCAGGUCGAGGGGAACGAAAGGAGGGCGAGAAGAACACAUGAUACCCAAAAUAAAUAAAUCAGCCUAGAUAGAAUUGGCUCGGCACAUGACUCUUCGCUGUGGUUCUUUUUUAUACAACUACAACAACGAUAUAUAAUACAACUGAU